AUGUGUUCUCAGGGUCUACUGACAUUCAUUGAUGUGGCUAUAGAGUUCUCUAAGGAGGAGUGGGAAUGUCUCAAUUCUGCUCAGAAGGCCUUGUACAGAGAUGUCAUGUUGGAGAAUUACAACAACCUGGUUUCUGUGGGUGUUACACUUUCAAAACCAGAGGUAAUCAUCUGUCUUGAACAACGAAAAGAACCCUGGAUUGUUGAUGGAGAGAAAAGAGAAGGAAGAGAACCAGCACUGUCCUGUGGUCAUAACAAGGCACUCUUCCCAAAAGUGUGUAUAGAAAAUUAUUUCCAGAAAGAAAUAACACGACAAUUUGAACAUAAUUACCUUUCAGAUUUACAAAGAAAGAAGUUCUGGGGAUAUAGAGAUAGCAGUGAGAAGCAUAAAAAAUGUCAUCAUGGAAAUUCUGAGUCACUCCCAAUUAUACAGUUAGAGACUGCUCUAAUAAAAUGUUCACAACAAGUUUUGAAAUACAACUCUGUUCUACACACAAAUGUAGAGCCAUUCAAAAGUGAUAUUUGGAUGAAUAAACUAGAUUUCUGGAAUUAUUUAUCAAGUAACACAUUAGUAGACAAUAUUAAACCAAGUUAUGAACAAAGAAGUUUUUGGAGACAAGAAAGUACUGAGUAUCAUGAAUGUGAAAAUUAUUUCCCUAAAAAUUUAUUGCAGCUCUGUCAACCAGUAAAUCUUUGUGAUGAGUUCUACAAUUUAGAUCCAUGUAAGAAAAUGACCAUGUAUGCAAUGAAACUUGGAUCAUAUCAUGAGAGAGAUGCUUCUGCAAAUGCAAACAGAUUAUAUGAUAUCAACAUAGGCUAUCAGAACCCAUUAAGGAAGUAUUACCUAAACAUUCUACAUAGAGGUAUUUUAUACAAAGGAAAUAUCUUACAUGAUUCUCUUCAUAAAAGAAUUACUAGUAAAAAUAAGAUAAGUAAUUCUGUUUCAGAAAUUCAAGACAACCCUGAAAGAAGACAGGCUAUCUCUAAUAACUACUAUCAGUUAUCUUUCCAACUUCUGGAAUAUACCACAGAGAAAAUUCACAAAUAUGAUGAUAAUUAUGGUAUUUUAAAUCAAUCCUUAAUACUUCAGUUAUAUAAUGCAAUGUGGAUGAAAGAAGAUGACAGCCGAUACACAUGUGAUGCUUACAUGAAUGCAACAAUUGAAUCAUCAAAAUUACAGAGGGAUAAUAUAAACCAUAUUAACAGAAUUAUUUUCAAGGACCUAACUUACAAAUGUAAUGAAUGUGGAAGAUCCUUCUCCCAUUCAUCAUGUCUUAGAGUUCACCACAGAAUCCAUACAGGAGACAAGCCUUACAAAUGUAAUGUAUGUGGGAAAUCCUUCUCUCAUUCCUCAAGUCUUAGAGUUCACCACAGAAUCCAUACAGGAGACAAACCUUACAAAUGUAAUAAGUGUGGUAAAUCAUUUACACAGUCCUCAGAUCUUAAAAUUCACUACAGACUCCAUACUGGAGACAAACCUUACAAAUGUAAUAAGUGUGCUAAAUCAUUUACGCAGUCCUCACAACUUCAUACUCACUACAGAAUCCAUACUGGAGACAAACCUUACAAGUGUAAUAAGUGUGGUAAAUCAUUUACAACGUCCUCACAACUUCAAGCUCACUACAGAAUUCAUACUGGAGACAAACCUUACAAAUGUACUGAAUGUGGGAAGUCUUUCACCAGUUCUUCAUAUCUUAAAGUUCACCACAGCAUCCAUACUAGAGACAAAUCUUACAAAUGUACUGAAUGUGGAAAAUCUUUCGCCCAUUCAUCAAGUCUUAGAAUUCACCACAGAAUCCAUACAGGAGACAAACCUUACAAAUGUAAGAAGUGUGGUAAAUCAUUUACACAGUCCUCACAGCUUCAGACUCACUAUAGAAUUCAUACUGGUGAGAAACCUUUCAAAUGUACUGAAUGUGGGAAAUCCUUCAAUCAGUCCUCAGAUCUUAAAAUUCACUACAGAAUCCAUACUGGAGACAAACCUUACAAAUGUAAUAUGUGUGGUAAAUCAUUUACACGAUCCUCACAACUUCAGGCUCACUACAGACUCCAUACAGGAGACAAACCUUACAAAUGUACUGAAUGUGGGAAGUCGUUCACCCGUUCCUCAAAUCUUAAAGUUCACCAACGCAUCCAUACUGGAGACAAACCUUACAAAUGCAGUGAAUGCGGAAAAUCUUUCGCCCAUUCCUCAAGUCUUAGAAAUCACCACAGAAUCCAUACAGGAGACAAGCUUUACAAAUGUAAUAAGUGUGGUAAAUCAUUUACACAGUCCUCACAACUUCAUGUUCACUACAGAAUUCAUACUGGAGACAAACCUUACAAAUUCAAUGAAUGUGGGAAAUCCUUCACCCGUUCUUCCAGUCUUAGAGAUCACCACAGCAUCCAUAAUAGAGACACACCUUACAAAUAG